AUGAAUGGCCGCCGGCGACGAUUCCUCGCGCCGACUUCAUCUCCUUCUCCGUCCAUCGGUGAUCUCCGUGUUAAGUUCUCGCGAAUUGUUUCUAAUCAGGAACAGCUUAAACUCGCCUUCAAUCAGCUAGAUUUUCAGAUCCGAACUGGCUUGCAGGAAGCCGCAGACGUGUUUGAAUCGUUAGCUAAUCCGCUGAUGAAGCUAGUAGGAUUGAAGACUGUUGAAAUGGCUGAGGAAGGAAAAAUUAAUACCGUUGUCUUCGAUUAUAAUCAUUUUUAUUCCGAUGACUGCAGGAGAAACGAGAAUGGAGCUGAAAGGACGGUGAGAAAAGAGGCAAGUGAAAUUGAGGAAGAAGGCUAUAUGAAUAGAGCCAAAACAGUUGGCAGAGAGCUAAUUCAGAAACAAGAGAUGCAGCUAAUGCAGUUGAUCCAUCUGCUAAGACAAGUUGAAUCCCAAGUAAAUACAAGCCAAACCAACAUUCUUCAGACCCUUAGUGACCAUCAAAAUUCCAUACAUAAUGUUUUCAAGAAAGCUGUUGCAUAUGUUUCUGCCAUUCACCAAAGAGGUGAAAAUAAUGGCACUUCUUUGAUCACAAUUCAACUUCUAAAACACAUAUUCCGUCUUGUUAUUACUACACUGAGCUUGGUAGAGUGUGGAGUGGACAACCUAGUAGAUGAGCUAGCCACAAGAAUGUGUAGUCCAAUGGUCGACUAUGUCAAGGGUCUUAAGCUAGAAGUCACAUCAGGAAGAUGUCAUCGCUUACUGAGCAUAGUGGAAGAGAUGGGAGGAGCAAUGAGAACAGGGAGGACAGAGUUGGAGGAAGCAAGGAAGAAGGCAAGAAUAGCAGAACAUAAUAGACUUGAGGUGUUGUACAAGCUGAAGGAAUCAGAAGAAAUGGCAAGGAAAUAUCAAGGAUUUCUUUCGAAAGCCAAGAAUGGAUCAAAGGAACAAUUUGAGCAAGAGAAGGUUGUAGUGAAGGACCAGGAUCAUGCUAAAGAGGACAACCUACAGUGGGAGCUACUACAGAAGAAGAGAAAAUUAGGCAUGGGAAAUGGCAGCAGUAAACCAUGCGGCCGUGCAUUGAGACAGUUGAAAGAGCUAGGUCCACAAACCCCGCACUUGGGUCCUUUCUCUUCACCUACACACAGUUCAAAUGGGCAACGUUUGCUACCCAUGAUACCCCUGGGUACUUCACCUUCAAUGACGUAUCCACAACACAAACCUCAGAAAAAGAUCAAAUCCGGAUUUCGUACAUAA